UAAUACGUUAUUAAUGUAACAUCAGGGAGGUUUAUCACCUUUGUUUAAAAAAAUAUAUCCCAUAGGCACCAUGAGUCUAGGAUUUCUUGGAGCUGGGAGGAUCGCUCAAGCACUAGCUCGAGGGUUCAUCUCUGCAGGAGUGAUGCCUGCAGAGAGAAUGAUGGCCAGUGCUCCUACAGAAAGAGAUUUAUUAGAAGUAAAGAAAAUUGGACUUGGUAUUACACAUGAAAACAAGGAGAUAUUGCAUUCCUCUGACAUCAUUUUCUUGGCAGUGAAGCCAGGUGUUGUCUCUAACGUACUGACAGAGAUUGCUCCAUGGGUCAACAGUGACCAUCUGGUGGUAUCACUAGCAGCAGGCAUUACGAUUGACUUCAUUGAGAAAAAACUACCAUCAUCCACAAAAGUGAUUCGAGCCAUGCCGAACACCCCAUGUCUAGUCGGGGCAGGGGCAACGAUGUUCAGUUGUGGUGGAAAUGUUCAGGAUCGUGAUCGAGCCAUUGUCAACACUUUCUUCUCAAGCUUAGGUUACUGCGCAGAAGGAGAUGAAAGUCUUAUCGAUGCUUGCAUGGCCAUCAGUGGAAGUGGCCCAGCAUUUGCUUUUACUGCCAUAGAUGGAUUAGCUGAUGGUGGAGUUAAGAUGGGAUUGCCAAGAUCUUUAGCAAUAACGCUUGCUGCCCAAACAUUACUUGGAGCAGCCAAGAUGCUUCUGGAAACAAAGUGUCAUCCCUGCGAACUAAAAGAUGAUGUCUGCUCCCCAGCUGGAACAACAAUUGAAUCUAUCUACCAAUUAGAGAAAGGUGGAUUCCGAAAGUGCCUUAUAGAAGCAGUUGAGGCCUCAUAUAAGAGGGCAAAGGAAAUUCAAGCCAUUGCUAAAGAAAUCUGAUCCAUUUUCAUCUUUUGUAAUAUUAAUCCUACUGCCACUUGCUUCUGUAAUAAUCCUUUCGGAACAAGAACUUAUAUGUGUACCAGGGUAGGAAGCUUGCUGAUCUUGCACUGCACGCCUAACUGGGAUCUUUGGUCUCUUUUAUUUAUUUAUUUAUUUAUUGCACAUCCAACAGUGUAUACACCAAUUACAGGAUGAAAAUAUAAAGUAUAAAAUAUAAAAACUUACACAAUAUCAAUGGAAACCUAAAGUUAUUUUAAAAUAUAAUAAGAUUAUUUUACAGACUCAAAUGUGAUAGACUUAAACUACAAUGAAAAAUAUCAAAUUCAGGAUUAUUACAAACACAAUUAUUAUAAAACAAAGACAGUCUACAAAAAAUACUAUUUUUACAAACAUUAACACGUGAGAAUUGUACAUUUAAAAUAGGCUUAGAACGAAGUCUACGAACAGGGACAUUAAGAUAGAAAUUAGAAACAAUAUUACAGGUAAACAUUGAAUUUAAACACUUAUAUAAAAAAGUAGGUCAUUAAUUUGUCUUGUAAUUUUUGAGAAAUAAUAGGAGUUUGGCAAGGCCAACAGGUUUCUGGGCCGAGAAAACGUAAAAACUUACCAUGGACUCUUUCAAUUCUAGAUGAUUGUGUGUCAGAUAUGGAAUUAUAGAUAACUGAACAAAAAUCAAAUAAAGGUUGGAUAAGAGAUUUAUAAAGUGCAAUUUUUGUGGUUGGAGGAAAUUUAUGACAACACAUGAGCCCAAGUAACCUGUUGGCCUUGCCAACGACAUGGUCAACAUGAAAAGCAAACAUUAGUUUUGUCAAUAAAAAUGCCUAAGUCUCAAUGCCAUUCAACAUUUUCAAGUGGCUCGUUAGAAAUCAUGUAUUUAAAAUUAAUUUUAAGAGGCCACUUUAGGCAAAGUGGCCUCUUUUAGGCAAAGUGGCCUGUCUUCUGUAAACUUGCACAUCACAAACCUUGUACUUUAUUUAUAGUAUGCAAAAAACAGGAAACUACUAAAAUUUUGAAAACCUAAUUAUCCAGUCCUUAAUUAUAACCCAUAUAUUUACUAUAUACCUAUAUAUCAUGAAAUAUAUUGCUCACAAAUGGUAAUAUUUGUUUAUUUUUCAUACCUAUCUUUGUGUAACACAGCAAAGAUACAAUUUAUCCCAUCAUGCUUUUCUCAGUAUAACUUCUGAGCAUGUGCAGACCUCUCCUAAAGAGACAGAGAUUCUAGUCUGGUGUGCAGAGUGAGGUCAGCGAGCUUCCUAUUCUGGUACACAUAAUAAGUCCUUGCUCUGAAUGAGUUAUCAGAAGUCCUCUUAAUAAUAGUGCAUGCGACUCUUUGUGUUUAUGUAAAUAGGUGCUCUCUCCCGCAGUCUCUUGCACUUCCAUGAGCAAUACAAAUUCCUCCCGAAACUAACCCAUCUCCCAUAAAUUAAGAUUGUUUGUGUCUUUUUACUACUGUUGAAUCGUCUUCCAGAGUUAACUUGUCAUGGGUAUCACCAUGUGUACCAAAUAUCUAACAUGUGUUAAGAAAGCUUAAUAUUAACCAGGAAAUAAAACAGAUCCUCUAAAGUUGGUUCCCCUAAUUUGGGACCUCUGACUUUAUGGUAAAUGAGGGUUUUAUUGCUUUUAUGGUUUAAAACCAUUUAAUUCAGGAUGGUAAUUUAUCUUUAUAAAUUAUGACAAUCAGCACAAUUCAUAUAUAAGUGUUUUUUUUUCAUUUAUAACAGGCCUCUUAUCGAUUAUGUAACCUUUUUUUUGUAUUCAACAUCUAACUGGGUAUAGUAUUUCAUAUUAAUAUACGAAAAAAACCUUUAAAUUGUUGACCAAUCAAAUGUCUUUAUUCCCCUUUUUUAUAUUUGCCUGUUAAAGAAAGCACUUCUUUUCAAAUAAUUAUGUUUCUUUUAUAUAUGUAUAUUUCUUUCUGUUUUUAUUUAUUUAAUUUUUGACAAUAAUUUAUUUUUGGGUAUUUAUACUUGUAAGCUUAAAGUAUUUAUUAUUUUUUUCCUGAUAUAAUUUCUGCUUUUAACUAAAUAUACAUUGCUGUAUGUUUUGGGACAUCAUUUAAUUUAAUACAAAUGAAAUACAGUAGCACCUUCUUUAGACUGAUAAAGCUAGUGAAAGCUUGUGUCUCAAUUAAAAUGUGUUAGUCUGAAGGUGUACUUAUAUCAUGCUGUUGACUAAUACAGCUCUAAAUUUUGUAUUUAAUUGCUCGUUGCAUAAACAUUAUAUAACAAUCAAAUUUACUACUAAUUUUCAUCAAAACGAUUUGUGUAGCAGAAAGUUUUUAUUAAUAUCAACAUAUAUUUAAUUGUUUUGAUUUUUCUCAUUUGAAAUGUUUUUUUUUUUUUUUUUUUUUUUUGUGGUUAUACCUCAAAUGGUAGAUUGUAUAAAGUUUUACAUGAUCAUGAAUAUUUAAAUUUAAGUAAAAGCGCCAUACAAAUAAUAACAUAAUUUUUAGCCUACAUUCGUUAUAUUUAUAUAACAAUUAUAUAGAAUUUAAGUACAUUAAUUACUGCAUAUAUAGCAUGUCACUGCAUUCAAUUCACGUUGCCAGUGGAAUUAACAUUGCUACAUAUGUAUUUGUGUAUUGCAUCAACUAACACUAAAACACAGAAUUACAGAAAAGGCUUGGAAGAACAAUAUUGUAUCGUUGACAUACCAAGUACAUUAGGUUAUUUUAAUCAUUUAAGUAACUAAACAUGCAAGAAGCCAAUUCACAGUUUAAACUACGAAUAUUGGCUUAUACCUUGCUCAACAUCCUGAAGGCCGGUGUGGACUGUGGACAAAAUGAUUUCCUUAAGAAAAUCAUAAAACUAAUAUCUGAUGACUAGUCCUUCUGCUAGCAUUUAAUAGUGUGCCUUUAUUUCUUACUCUAUUAACUGGUCUUUCGUAGACUCUCUGCUUUAUUUAUACUAGAGGUGAAAUUAACCAGAAAACAUUACUUGAACCAGAGUUUUAAAAUGCUGAAAGCGGAGCGGAAAUUGUAGACAAUGAUGACAGUCAAGUAAAUGUCCAAUUACUGAUUCUCGAUUUGUUUUCGAAUUUCAGUUUCGAAUAAAUAUUCAAUUUUAAAACAGA